AUAACGCGCAUCUCCACCAUCUACCAAAUCUGGUUCCUCUACCUCGAACCCGUCAUGGCCCUCGCUGGCACCUACCUCUGUGUCUUCCAACCCGAUCGUAUGCUAAUUGGAACCGUCCCUCUCCCGGCAAUCACCAUAGCAUCUCCAAUAACCAUCACGCCCUUGAUGCAAUUGCUCCUGACCAACAUCGGGGCCCUUUACGUCCUGUUUGCCAUCAAUGAAGGACUGGUCCUCAGACUGACGAAAGAGAAGAAUGUCUGGUUGGCGGUCAUUGGCGCGAUGUUGGUGAGCGAUGUGGGGCAUAUUUGGGCUGUCUAUCAGAUUGCGCCGACGAGGAUGGGGGAGUUCAUGGCUUGGAACUCGGACGAGUGGAUUAAUUAUGGGACAUUAUGGUUUGGUGUUGGAUUGAGGGCAGUGUUCAUGAUGGGGUUUGGG